AUGGCGAUCCUCUGCCCGGCCUGGGCGUCCUUCGGGGGUUCUGAUGUCGCAAUGAAUGGAUCGCAAUUGACGGGGUCGGCACGAGGAAAGAGGCAGAUUCAAGUUGAUGGCGAAAUCGGUAUCAGUAUCCAGUUCGGCGGUCGUCUCAAUUGGCGAUUCUCAUGCAGUUGCACGUGCGCGACUAUUCGGUGAAGGGGAACGGCGUCGGUCUCAGGCCCCUGCGAUAUGGGAACGCGUCGAAUAUCGAAUCUCGAAUAUCAAAAAGAGCGAAACGGAAAUCAAUUGGCGAAAAGGGAGAGGUUCCCGGGAAUGAGGGAAGAAAAGAAGGUCACAAUCAAAAAUCAAACGAAUGGCUUGGCUUGCGAAAGAGCCAGGGAAGAGGACGCUGGAUCGGAAGAAGGCGAGGGAAUGAAAGACGAAAGACGAAAGACGAAACGCCUCAACGAAAGAUGGGCGGUGCUUUCCAAUUCCAGGAACGGGCUUCGUCCUUGCCUGAGGCCCCGACGGUCGAGAUCGACGGAGCGAAAGGAUUUUCCCGCCGGGUCAAUUGCGGUUAUAAACUGGACGACUGCGAGAUUUCCAGGCCAAACUCAAAGUCUAAGGGGGUCGCAGAGUCCAGAGAGUCCAGAGUCCGAGUCAAAGACAGUCGGACUGGGCAAUGGGCGAUGGGCGGUUCGCCAGAGGAACCGGCGUCUUUCCAAUUAAACCAGACUCCACUAGUCGGUAGCACGGCCUUAGUCUCCCGCUGCUAUACGGACUGCACAAAGGUUCCCCUGCUGCUGCGGUGCAGAUUCAAAGUUAACCCUACCUUGCCAGCUCCACUCCCACGCUGAAUCAAGAAGGUCGAAAGAUCGAUAGUCAAUUCCGUGGCCGACGGGGAAAAUGUGAUCAAUCGGUUGGGAGAUCAAUCGAGGCACGGAUGGCUCGUUGCGACGCUUCCUUUUGGCGAUCGGAAAAUUCAGAGCACCAAAGAUGCCAGAGCAAACGAAAGAAAGGGCCGAUGCAGGAACCGCCAGGUUAUAGAUCUAUUUGUACGGCAUGAUGGACACUGGAUGGUGAAUCCAUUGUUGACGUGGCACGCGGUGAGGCUUGACAAGAGGUGCGCUUCAUCGUUUCAGGCACUCGGCCUUUUUCUUUUCUUUCUUUUUUUUUCUUCUUGUUAUUAUUAUUUUUAUUUCUUUAUUUUC